GGCUGUGUGCUGGGCAUCACUCUCUGCUGUGAGGCGACGAGGCACUCAACAUGAAGGCAACAACAACUAUUCUCCUGUCGGUGGUGGCGGCGACAUGGGCAGCAGCGAUCCCCAACCCAUACCCUUCCCCUGCCCCAGCUCCGCAACAAGACUUCUUCGAGGACUCACUGGAGACGGCAAGCUACCAGGCGCCGGUAAUCCAGUACCAGAGCCCCGCCUCUAUUUACACGCCGCAGCCCGUCUAUGAGAGCGAGCCUGCCUUGUACACAUUCCAGUGGGAGGUGAAUGAUGAUUACUACGGCAACUACUACGGCCACCAGGAGCACCGUGACGGUCCCAUUACCAGGGGCAGCUACUACACGAGGUUGCCCGACUCGCGCCUCAUGAAGGUGGAGUACUACGUGGAUGAGUACGGCUACCAUCCCACCAUCACCUACGAGGGCGAGGCGCAAUACCCCACACCCCAGGCCUACCAGCCCGUGCAUCACAACGUCCAUCCCGGGAAGGGUGACUUGUACCUGUAACAUGCAGGUGUCUUUAGUAGGGGGUCUCAUCUGUGUGUAUGUAUGUGUGUAUGUAUGACGUUCUCCUCCUCCUCCUCUUCACCUGUAGCUUACCUUGUCUGUGUAAUAUGUGAGUUUGAGUGAAGGUUUAAGUGUGUUUUUUGUUUGAUUAGUGUGAACGUUUGUGUGUUUGGGUUUAUGAAUGUGUUUGCAUGUGCGUGUGUGUUAACUGGUCAAAAGGCGAAAGGAAGGAACUGACUGACUGACUAAAUGACUGAUUCACUGAUUGAAACCACCAUAACAAACCCCAGCCCCUCUAACCUCUUAUAACUAGAAGCCUCUUCCACCUUCUCCUUCUCCUCCUCCUCGGCCUUUUUACCACUCCUCCCAAGCCAGUCUACGCUCCCGCAACUAGAAUCCCUAUCUACCUCCCCGUCCCUCUCCUCUCCAGCUCCCCCCACUGCCCCUUCAUAACUAAAUCCCCCCCCACAUCCCUCGACUCCUCCUCCCAGGCACUCUACCCUCAUAACUAAAGAUCCUCCACAUCCCUUGACUCCUCCCCAGCCACUUUACGCCCACCCCAUAACAAAAGCCCCUCCCCUCGACCGCUUCCCUUCUCAGACUAUGGGAUUUAAAGUUUGUUAGAUCAGUAUUUUUUCCUUCCCUACGCCUCUUCCCCUCCUCCCAUCCUUCUCCUCUUUCCCUUACGUGGUGCUCCUCCCCUCCUAUGGUGCCACGCCCUCCCAGUCAUCCCUCAGGAGUUAUCAAUUCGCUUUCUCCUCUUCUGUUUAUUUUUCCUCCUUUUUUUUCUUGUUUCACUGAUUUGAUUCUUGUGUUUUCUGUUAUUUUCCUUUUUUCUUGUUAUUUUUCUGCGUAGAAGUUGAAAAGUUUUAUAUUACAUAGAGAUUUAUAUAUAUUUUUUAUACAAAGCCUUUGCUACACGUACUGUUGAUUAAUUGUUGAGUUAAUGUAGUUUUAUUGUUGUUUUUGUUGUAUUCUUGUGUAUUAGUGUAGUGCAGCAAGACUUAGAGACAAUGUUUUCUUUUUUUGUAUUGUUGAAAGUAUUAUAUAGUUUGUUUUGUUUUUUCUAAUUUCUUGUUGUGUAACGAAUGUUUUAUAUAGAGCUAUUUUUUAUACUGAGAGCAAUUAUUAAAGAAAAUAUAUAAAA